UUCAGCAAACCAAAAAGAAAGCAUGGAAACUCCACGCACCCUCCAAGAGUCCACGCAUCACCAAACUCUCUAUUUCUUUCAAUGGCCCAGCUCAGAUCAGCUGGACCAGAAUUUAUGGUUUAGUAGGCGGAAGAGAAAAAAAGAGAAGAUAUAGAUGUAGAUGUCUUCAAAUGUGCUCCAUCCAAAAACCCAUGUUUACCAGAAAUACCCUUCUGCAACCACCCGAAAAAAGCCAUCUUCAUCACUGUCUCAACUCUCUAAAGUUACAUUUUUUUCACCCAGUUAUUAUGUGGUCUUCUUUGUCUUGGUCAGAGUUUUCACAGAUUGAACAGGAAAGCCAGAACCCUCCUCUCUCUAUACUUAUUAUUUCCCUUUUAUCAUUUCAUGCCCAAUCUCAUUCUUUCUUAUCAAUCACCCUUAUUCUUCCUCCUUGUCAUCCCUUUUAUCUUCUCCAUAUUUGCUUAAUUUAGCCCUUGUGUGGGGUUCUUCUCUUAAUAUCAUCCCUGUGUUCUGAACCAUGAAGAAGAUGAAAGUGGUUGCUAGUUCUUUGGAGUAUUCUCCAUACGCCAUGUAUGAGGAUCAAAGAACGAGGUUCAAGCACCAGAGCCUUGUGCAAGACUUUCAAGACUUACACAAGGAAACAGAGGCCAUGAGAAAGAAAUUGCAGAUGUUGAAAGAACAAAAAUCGAAUCUGUUGGCUGAAGUCCGGUUUUUAAGGAGGAGGCACAAAUUCUUGAUCCAAAACCGAUCUUCGAACAACCCUGCGGAUCGAUUCUUUGCACCGCCGCAGAAUAUGGUUAUCAGAAGUAAAUCGAAUAUGAAGGGAAAGAAAUCAACGGAAAAGGAACAUUGUAUGCCACACCUAGCUACAAGUUUUGUUUUGAACCAGAAGGGAAAGACUUAUGGUGAAAAGGAAACCUUACUCACUCGUCGUCCUCCGAUGAUUGACUUAAACCGAAAGCAGCAGAAAGUUUUCAGUGAAAAGGAGGAAGCUGCUCUGCGGAGUUCUUUACCGGCUGUCUACUUGAACCAGAAGGAAAGGCUUUACAGCGAAAAGGAGGCUGCUGCUCGAAGCAUAGCACCGGUUUUUGAUUUAAACCAGAUUUCGACAGAGGAGGAAGAACUACAGGCUAAUGAUAACUCACUGAGAAUAGAGGAACUCAAGAGCAGUUCGAUCCGAAUCGGAAAUGACAAGCAGCACAAUGAUAUUAAACUAUCGGCCUGCUGGAACACCGGAAACAGACCAAACAGAGUCGGGAAAAGGAAGAUAACAUGGCAAGAUCAGGUGGCAUUGAAGGUUUAAGUCCCCUUAGUUGAAGGGGUGGUACUUGUUAGUUUAGCUUCCCUUCCCCCAUAUUUAUUUGCACUGUUUUGUAAAAAAAGAAAAUAUAGUUGUACCAAUUGAAUUUAUGAAGAUAAAUAUGAAAAUUGAUUAUUGGGAAUCAGAUAUAUUCUCAAC